AAGCUCCUUAAAUACUUUUGUUUCUUUUGAUCAAUGCAUGCAAAGCUUUUGCCAACCCAUGUGAGCUAUCUCCAGACGGAUGUGACCCCUCCAAGGCUCCAACCAUUCUGCACGCAUCAACAACAUUUUUUUCACUUUAUAACUUCACUCCAACCAAUAAUUUCACACCUUUGAAUUUCAAACCAGUUUCCCUUCACUCCUCUCUUUGUUGCUGUUUCUUGAAUUCUAUCCGGGGUCUCGCAGAGGGAUAGAAAAAAGUCUUCUUUUUUUUUUUCUCCCCACGCAGUAAAUUCCUUCCGAUUUCCUGUUUGCGUGUCUUUAAGGCAACACAUAGGAAAGCUUUUGUACGAAGUAUCAUUGCUGGCCUUUUCAGGAUGUAAACAUCAGAGGAAGCUAUGAAAGGCGUUCGUGUUUCAGUGUUUCUUAGGAAUUCGAGGGCGGAGUGUUUAUGGGUUUCGUGACUUUUUGACACCCUUUUCUACUUUCCUGGGAGAUAUCAUUUCGUUUUGGAGUUUACCCAAAGUUUAGUGUUGAGUACAAUAUGCACAUGAGGUGUUUGUUGCUAUGCUUAACUGAGAGAAUCACAAGGAGAGUGGCUUGUUUAAGUUUACAGUUUUAGAUGGCAUCUUUUAGUGGUUUAGGAAUUGGUUUGAGUUUUGUGUUUGGGUGUAUCCUUAUGGGACUGGUUGCAGAGCUGUAUUACUUGUUAUGGGUGAGGAGAAGAAUCAGAGACAGAGAAACUGAGGGGGAAUACACCAGUAUUGGGAGUGAUAUUGCUUACUUGUUUUGUUGCAAGAAAUCAAAUUCUGUGGUGACUAGAACCAGCACCCAAGCCCUAACAACCUCAGAAUUGAAUGGAUAUAGCCAAGAUUUGGAGGUGGGAACAGGGAAGGAUUCACUGUUGAAAGGGUUUGGGGAAGAUGAUGGGGUGGAAUCAGAGCUGAUGAGGCUGCAUAACCUUUGUGGGCCUCCUAGGUUUCUGUUCACAAUCAAAGAGGAAACCAAGGAGGAUUUGGAGUCUGAGGAUGGGAAAUCUAGGAAGGGUUCCAGAACUAGGAGCUUGAGCCAUGACCUUAUGAUUGGUGUUGAAACACCAUUGCUUUCCCCCCUGUCUUCACCUCCAUUAAAGCCUCUGGCUUUGGAGUCUUACAGCCACCAUGGGCACUUCAACCCUCUGUUUGAGUCCUCAACAGAAGCAGCCCUGAACAGGAUGAGAUCCUCUCCUCCUCCCAAGCUGAAGUUCCUGAGAGAUGCUGAGGAGAAGCUGAUUAAGAGGCUGGUUCAAGAAGCUGAGAAAAGGGCCCUCAGGAAUGGUGGCUCAGUCCAAGAUUCUGCACCCAAGCCUUCUCCAAACUCAAAUGGGGUCACUGAAGUGAAAGAUGGCUCCUUUAUGUCUUUUCUUGAUAGUAGCAAAGCAACAGAGGUUUGAGACAAACAGUUUCCUGGUACCACCCAUCUCCUUCACAGGUACUCCCAUUGCCUUCUUCUCCCCCAACAUUCCUACCACUUGACAGCAAUUCUGGCAUUCUGCUAUGCACUAGAUCUCCAACAUGGCUUAGAUCAUCCUCUUGUUUCUUCCAUUAACCAAAGUUACAGAAAUCUAGAUUACACCCCCUUUCUUUUUUCCUUCUUUUUAAUUUAUUGAAUUGCUUGUAGGCCUUAUUAGCAAUUGUUUAUGUUUUUCCUCUUCUGCUUCUAAAUUUCUAAAUCAAAAUCCUUGUACAAAGUAUCAUGAGUUCCAUUUUAUGCAUGCUUUUGGCUUAUUGGUGAAAAAAAACUUGUCGAUUUAAUACUAA